GCCAUAUCGCAUAUUAAAAAUUAAUGAUUGUGUAUUGGUAGGAGUUUUUUUUUUGUUUUGUUUAUGACGAUACAACGAUGUGUAGUGGAGAUAUUGCAUUUAACAUUAUCAACAAUGACAAUAAAUGAAUGAAUGAACAAAUAAACAAAUGGCCAACUAGAGCAAAAAAAAGGAAAAAAAAAAUACUAUUUUACUAUGAAUUCCAAUCGUUGUUGUCCAUUGAAUUUUCUCGUAUAAUCAUUGUUUUGGACAAAAAAAAAUAGUAAUAAUCAUGAUUCAUUCGGUAUUGAUAUUCAAUACACAAGGAAAACCAAGAUUGAUUAAAUUCUAUGAAUAUAAUUAUCCACCAGACAUUACCAAAGAAAUUAUACGCUGUGCAUAUGAUCUAAUACAUUAUCGUGAUUAUUCGGAAUGUCAAUUUAUUGAAACUGAUAUUUUCGAUAUGGCAAACACUCGUUGUCAAAGGCCAAAAUUGGAUGAACAAUUAUUGCUAAUGUAUCGUCAAUAUGCAACAUUAUACAUUAUAUUCAUUGUUGAUAAUGGUGAAAAUGAAUUGGCCAUAUUGGAUCUUAUACAAGUGUUUGUUGAAGCAAUGGAUCGAUGUUUCAAUGCUGUCUGUGAAUUAGAUCUCAUUUUUAAUAUGCAUAAAAUUCAUUAUAUUUUAAAUGAAAUUAUUGUCGGUGGAAUGGUCAUCGAGACCAAUUUGGAUGAUAUUUUAUCACGUUAUAAAGAACAAUGUAAAUUGGAAAAUGAAUCGGAUCAACAAAUUCAAGGAAUAAAAGCAAUGGCUAAAUUACGACAUCAAAUCAAUUUGGAAGGACAUAUCAAGACAUUGCAAAAAAAUUUAAAACAAGGAUUAAAAACUGCUACUAAAACAUAAAAUUGUAUAAAUAAUCAGUUGAAAAUAACAAAAAAAAUA